AGGGUCAAUUCUUCAUGACCAAAAAAAAAAAAAAAGAAGAAGAAAAGAAAAGCUUCCAAGACAUUCUAAGGUACAGACAGGGUGGAGAGCUACAGCCCUGAGAGCUUGCGGGCUCUUUUGGGAUUUCUAGGAAUAGAAGAAAUUAAUGUGGUGGCGGGAGAGGAGGGUACCAGUGACCAGUACUGUCCGAUUCUUAUCAAAGGCAGGCCUGACAGCUGUGCUUUCCUGCAAUAGGGACAUUCCUAGCCCCGUCCUUCAAAUGGGGAUAUCUGUUCCCAUGAAAGAGGAAUGGCAGGGCCCACAUUCACGUGCAAAGCCUGUGUUUUCUGUUACAGCUAGACUUGGGUCUUUAGAGAACAUGUCUUUGUAUAUCCCUGGGGCUGGCAGGUGCAGGGUAGGGGUGAUCUUCACUGUUUGGCAGGUGGUACAGCAAAAGUACACUCUGGUUGAACGGAAGUGGUGAGGCUGUGCCGGUGUGCUAAAGGGCUGGCUUGCAGGUGUAUCAGGACCUGCCCCCAGCUUGUGCUCAGCACAGCCCUCCAGGAUCAGAGGGGUUCUUGGGGCUGAGAGGAGAGACCUGGUUGUCUGCCUGAGGGGAGUCAUGGCCACUGUCCAGUAACUCUUUGAAGCUUUUUCCCAUUCCAGUUCUAGCCAUCCUCUCAUUGGGACCGAGAAUUUAGCUCUGUGUCUUUCAAAGCCCUCUCCCACCCUAUGGUCGGGGACUCAGAAGACAAGCCCUGCCCUGAGAUGGUGUGGGAUCCACCCUCUUUAUUUGCAUUGUUAUUGUUUAUAAGAGGUAAUUAUAAAUGCAUGAUAGAAAAUGCCAGAGUGUAGACAGGGAAAGUGAGUUCUAAGUCUUCUUUCCCAUGCCAGGUGACCCAGUUCCCUUAUUCGGGGGCAGUCACUACUACCAGCUUCUUGAUUAUCCUUCAGAACUGGUCUAUGCCUUUUCAAACUCAUGCAUCCAUAUCCUGUGUCUUGUUUUCUCUAAGCAGUUUUUCUAUACCUUUUCCCCCAUCAUUGUCCCGUAUCCUGGAGAUCGUGUCGCAUAGUACACGUGGAGCAGGUUUCUCAACCUCGGCACAGUUGGCACUUGGGCCAGAUCAUUCUUUGCUCUGGGGGCCAUCCUGUCCAUUGUAGGAUGUUUAGCAGCAUCUCUGGUCUCUACCUACUGAAUGCCAGGAGUACCCUUCCCCUCCUUGUGACAACCAGAAAUGUCCCCAGACAUCAAAAGUGUCCCCUGGGGGCAAAAUCUCCCUCAGUGAAGAACCACUGAUGUAGUGCCACCUUGUUCUUUUAAAGGUCUACUUGGUGUCCCAUUUUGUGCACAUAACAUUCACUUAGCCAUUUUCCUAUUGAUGGCAGUUGGGUUGUUUCCACUCUCUUGAUAACUAAAGUUUGUUUAGCACUGGCACUGCUCUGAGUGUGUUACAUGUUUUCACGCCUUUAAUCUUCACAGCAGCCCUGUGGAGCCGUUGUUGUUUGCCCCAUUUUACAGUUGAGGAAGCUGAGGCCCAGACAAGACACAGAGAGUGUCUGAAAUCACACACAGAGGGGAUGGCAGUGUUAGAAGCUGGUCCCAGACAGCCUGGCUCCAGGCACACUCCCUUCACUGCAGGACUGUCUUGCCUUUUUCCAGAGCCUGCCACAGUGGAUACCCUGUGUGCCUGUCAUUUCAUACACAUGCAAGGACGUCCAAAGGCGGAUACCAGAAAUGAAGUGACGGGGUUAAAGGAGGUGUAACUUCAGUCUUAAAGGUGCUGCCAAAUUGCCCCUCCCUUGAGGUUGUGCCAGUUUCUCUCCAACCAGCACCAUAUGAGAAUUCUAACCACAGCCCUUUCAGUGGGUCUCGGUCUUCCUUGGUCCUCUCAAUGCGUGGCGUGUCCUGGCUUAAGGAAAAGAAAGAGCUGAGUUCCUUGGAGAAAAUUAUUUGUGGACACGAAUCGUGCUUCUCCAGUUUGGGGUGCAUGACUGAGUGCAAACAGCUAUGAGAAACCACAGGAUGGACGUGAUGCUACUUCCUGGAGAAAUCUGUCUUACCUGAGGAAUCAGAAGGGAAAAACCAAGUGAUGUACUUAUCUGCCCCACCUCCCCAGCACGCUGCCCCUCUCCAAACGCGGCCCCUCAGGGGCGAGGACAGGAUGCCUGCUGCACGAGGGAAAUCCAGGUCCAAGGCGCCAGUGACGUUUGGGGAUUUGGCCAUUUACUUCUCCCAGGAGGAGUGGGAAUGGCUGAGCCCCGUUCAGAAAGCACUAUACGAAGAUGUAAUGUUGGAGAACUACCAGACCCUGGCCUCUCUUGGACUUUCCUUUCGGAGGCCAAAUGUGAUCACCUUAUUGGAGAAAGGGAAAGCGCCCUGGAUGGUGGAGCCAGUGAGGAGACGCCGGGGCUUGGACUCAGGGUCUAAGUGUGAGACCAAGAAGUUACCUCCAAAUCAGUGCAACAAAUCUAGGCAAAGCAUCUAUCAGAAACCAGUUUCUGUGCCACAAAAAGUUUCCACAGGAAAGAGGGGCUGCAAGAAAAAUUCAGUCCUGGUAAAACCCAAGAAAGUGCAUUCAGGGAAGAAAUCUUUAAAAUGUAAUGACUGUGGGAAAAUCUUUAGUCAAAGCUUAUCUCUUAAACUUCAUCAGAACUCUCAUACAGGAGAGAAGCCUUAUGAAUGCAGUAAUUGUAGAAAAGCUUUCAGGCAGAUCUCAUCCCUCAUUCUUCAUCAGAGAAUUCACAAUCGGAGGAAAAGCCAUAAAUGUGAUAAAUGUGGGGAAAGCUUCAUUCAAAGAACAACCCUCAUUCUACAUGGGAAAACUCAUGAUGGAAAGGAAACCUUUGACUGUGGGAAGGCCUUGAGUCAAUGCCCAUCUCUCAGUAUCCAUCAGAAAAUGCACUUUGUUGAGAAUGUCCACCAGUGCAGAAAAUGUGGGAAAGCCUUCAUUCGAAUGUCAUCCCUUUUACUUCAUAGGAAAAUUCACAAUGGAAAGAAAGUACAUAAAUGCAGUGUAUGUGGGAGAGGCUUCAGUAAGAAAUCAGUCCUUGUUACACAUGAAAGAAUUCAUACUGGAGAGAAAACCCAUGAAAGUGGGAAGACCUUAAGUCAGAGUCUACAGCAGAGAAGUCACCAUUUAGAGAAUCCUUAUAAAUGCAGAAAGUGUGGAAAGUCCUUCAAUAGGAUUUCAUCCAUUAUGCUUCAUCAGAGAAUUCACACUUCAGAGAAACCCUACAAAUGUGAUAAAUGUGAGAAGGUCUUCAGGCGGCCUUCAACCCUUAUUCUACAUCUGAGACUUCAUGUUGGAAAGAAACUCUAUAGAUGCAAUAAAUGUGAGAAGAUCUGUAACCGGCAUUCAUCCCUUAUUCAACAUCAAAAAGUGCAUACAAAGAAAAAGAAACUGUUUGAAUGUAAGGAAUGUGGGAAGAUGUUUUCUGGAACUGCCAACCUUAAAAUACAUCAGAACGUUCAUUCUGAAGAGAAACCUUUCAAAUGUAAUAAAUGUAGUAAAGUUUUUGGUCGCCAGUCAUUUCUUAUUGAACAUCAGAGAAUUCAUACUGGAGAAAAACCCUAUCAAUGUGAGGAGUGUGGGAAAGCCUUCAGUCAUCGCAUCUCUCUUACUCGACAUAAGAGAAUUCAUAGUGAAGACAGACCCUAUGAAUGUGAUCAGUGUGGGAAGGCCUUCAGUCAGAGUGCACACCUUGCCCAACAUGAAAGAAUUCACACUGGAGAGAAACCAUAUACGUGCAAAACAUGUGGGAAGUCCUUUAGUCAACGCACAUCCCUUAUUCUGCAUGAAAGAAGUCAUACUGGAGAGAAGCCCUAUGAAUGUAAUGAGUGUGGGAAGGCCUUUAGCAGUGGCUCUGAUCUUAUUCGGCAUCAGAGAAGUCAUUCUUCAGAGAAACCCUAUGAAUGUAGGAAAUGUGGGAAGGCAUAUAGUCGGAGCUCAUCCUUGAUUCGACAUCAGAAUUCACAUUCUGAGGGAAAAGCCUGAAGCUGUUUUAAUUAUGUGAAAGCAAAGAGUGAGGCAGAGGCAUGGGAAAAGUGCAUUUUUCUGUAACAUAAAGUUUGUCUAUAACAUAAAUUUUGGACUAUUUGUUGAUGUGUCCCACUUUGAAUGCCAAAGAGUAAAAGUCAUUGGUGACUUUUGACCUGAGCAUUUUAAAUCAGCUAAGGUAAUGGCCUUAUUGUAGGUCUUAAUUUCAUACUAGUGUGUCAGAUGAUUGGAUCAGUCAUUUUUAAUGAGUAUCAUUCUUCACUUGAUAAGAGUCACUGACAUUUUGUUCUGAGGGUAGGUUUUAAAGCUGUUUCAUUGGUCGUGUGCAACAAAGUGGAGUUGUGAAGUCCAUUUCUGUGGAUGGGGCUUUGAGCCUGAUUUAAGGUCACCUGAAGGAAGAGUUUGAGUUUGUCCCUUAAAACUAUAACUGUCACAUGUAAGGGACUUCCUGGAAAAUGAGGGUGCUGUUUUUAGCUGAUAGAAACUUCUGGGAUCAGCAUAAAGAAGAGUGAGUCUUUAUGUGGAUAAAGAUAGCACUCAAUUGUGUGGAGCAGUAGAGUCGUUAGCACCUGACUCCGUGGAUGUGAAGGUACAUGAUCUUCACGGUAUGGAGACUCUAACAAGCCUGAGAUGGGCUAAUAGGAAAAAAGGUAGGAUGUUCUGAGGAGCAAGGAACUUCAGAGCCGAGAGAAAUUAUUGUUUUAUUUGAAAAGAAAUUUGUCUAUAUUUGUAUGAAUAACAUUGGUAUUUUUAUGUAAGAACACUAGUCUGCAGAAUGGAAUGUCAUGGACUGAAUGUGUCCCCCCAGAAUUUAUGUUGAGGCCCUACACGCUAUGUGAUUGUAUUUGGAAAUGGGGCCUUUGGGAGUUACUUAGUUUUGAUGAGGUCAUGAGGUUGGGGCUUUCAUGGUAGGAUUAGUGUCUUUUAAAAAAGGGACACUAGAGAGCUUGCUCUCUCUGCCAUGUGAGGAAGGCAGCCAGAAGGCAGCUGUGCAAGCCAGGAAGCUAGCUGUCACCUGUAUCCAGCCAUGCUGGCAUCCUUAUCUCGGACUUUCAGCCUCUAGAACUGUGAGAAAUUUCUUUUAAGUCACACGGUCUAUGGUAUUUUGUUAUGGCAGCCCACGCUGACCAAGACAUGGGUGAAACCCUGGAUUUGUGUAUCAGGCUCUUUUCCUGUCAGCUGUUCAUCCUAUAUAAUAGCUUUCAGUCCCUCUUUCCAGCUUGUGUGAAAUAUGCAAGGAAUAAAAUAAGAGCUCUUUUUUGUGGUUGUGUUGUAUA